GGCGCGGGCGGAGGCUAAAACACGGGGGUCCUGAGACGGAGGAAAACGCGCCAAGUUCCCCUCGGUGGAGGAGUGGGAGAGACCCUAGCGGCUCUGGCGCUCUGCGAGCGAGACCACUGCUUGCGGCGCUCCUCGCCGUCCUGGGCGGGCGCGGUGGGCGCCGGUGCGGGGAUGUAGAGGGCUGCGUGCACUGCAGGACCGAGCGGCGGCCCGGUUCCCGCUCUGCGAGCGGAUGGUCACUCCCCCGCGCGGAGGGCGAUCGGCGCGGCUCCUCCUCGGGUCGGGACGCGGCGGCUCGGACCGGCGCUCACCUGUCGCGCUCUCAGCCAUUCCGGCUGGACACGCCGGCGUCGCCGCCGCGGACCUCGCUUAGGGCCAUGGCCGGAUAUAAUUGGUGAUUACAGCUGCCCUCUAUAAAUUAAUUCUUGUCAACUCCUUCGGAUUUGAAAAGAAAAUGCCUGGUGUCGUACCUAGUGAAAGCAAUGGGCUUUCAAGAGGUAGUCCAUCCAAGAAAAACAGACUUUCUUUGAAGUUUUUUCAGAAAAAGGAAACUAAGAGAGCCUUAGAUUUCACAGAUUCCCAAGAAAAUGAAGAAAAAGCUUCUGAAUAUAGAGGAUCUGAAGUUGAUCAAGUUGUUCCUGCAGCACAGUCCUCACCUAUGAACUGUGAGAAGAGAGAAAACUUGUUACCAUUCGUGGGACUGAAUAAUCUUGGCAAUACUUGUUAUCUUAAUAGUAUACUUCAGGUAUUAUAUUUUUGUCCUGGUUUUAAAUCUGGAGUGAAGCACUUAUUUAAUAUUAUUUCAAAGAAGAAAGAAGCUCUAAAGGAUGAAGCCAACCAGAAAGAUAAGGGAAAUUGCAAAGAAGAUCCUUUGGCAAGUUAUGAACUUAUAUGUAGCUUACAGUCCUUAAUCAUUUCAGUUGAACAGCUUCAGGCUAGUUUUCUCUUAAAUCCAGAGAAAUACACUGAUGAACUUGCUACUCAACCAAGGCGGCUGCUUAACACACUCAGGGAACUCAACCCUAUGUAUGAAGGAUAUCUGCAGCAUGAUGCACAGGAAGUAUUACAGUGUAUUUUGGGAAAUAUUCAAGAAACAUGCCAACUCUUAAAAAAAGAAGAAGUAAAAAAUGUGUCAGAGUCAACUAAGGUAGAAGAAAAAUCUCACCAGAAAGAGGAAGUGAGUGGAAUUAACAACAUGGAGAUUGACAAUAUCAGGAAUUCUGAGGACAAUAAAGAAAAACUCCCAAAAGGAAAUGGGAAAAGAAAAAGUGACAAUGAAUUUUGUAACAUGAAGAAAAAAGUUAAAAUAUCCAAGGAAUACCAGUCAUUGGAAGAGAACCAGAGACAAACUAGAUCAAAAAGAAAAGCUGUUGGUGAUACAUUAGAGAUUCCUCCUAAGAUAACCCCCAAGUAUGUUUCUGAAAAUGAGAAUGCAAAACCCUCACAAAAGAAAUCAAGAGUUAAAAUAAAUUGGCUUAAGUCUGGAACUAAGCAACCCAGCAUUCUAUCUAAAUUCUGUAGUCUGGGAAAAAUAACAACAAACCAAGGAUCAAAAGGACAAUCUAAAGAAAAUGAGUAUGAUCUUGAAGAGGACUUAGGGAAGUAUGAAAGUGAUAACAUAACUAAUGGUUGUGGAUUUGAAUCUCCAGGAAAUAAUGUUACACCUGUAAAUAUUAAUGGAGUUAAACCCAUAAAUAAAGGUGUGGAACAAAUCGGUUUUGAGCUAGUGGAGAAAUUAUUUCAAGGUCAGCUGGUAUUAAGGACUCGUUGUUUGGAAUGUGAAAGUUUAACAGAAAGAAGAGAAGAUUUUCAAGACAUCAGUGUGCCAGUACAAGAAGAUGAGCUUUCCAAAGUAGAGGAGAGUUCUGAAAUUUCUCCAGAGCCAAAAACAGAAAUGAAGACCUUGAGAUGGGCAAUUUCGCAGUUUGCUUCAGUGGAGAGGAUUGUAGGAGAAGAUAAAUAUUUCUGUGAAACUUGCCAUCAUUAUACUGAAGCUGAGCGAAGUCUUUUGUUUGAUAAAAUGCCUGAAGUUAUAACUAUUCAUUUGAAGUGCUUUGCUGCUAGUGGCUUGGAGUUUGAUUGUUAUGGUGGUGGACUUUCCAAGAUCAACACUCCUUUAUUGACACCUCUUAAAUUGUCACUAGAAGAAUGGAGCACAAAGCCAACUAAUGACAGCUAUGGAUUAUUUGCAGUUGUGAUGCAUAGUGGCAUUACAAUAAGUAGUGGGCAUUACACUGCUUCUGUUAAAGUCACCGACCUUAACAGUCUAGAACUAGAUAAGGGGAAUUUUGUGGUUGACCAGAUGUGUGAAAUAGGUAAGCCAGAACCACUGAACGAGGAGGAAGCGAGGGGUGUGGCUGAAAAUUAUGAUGAUGAAGAAGUAUCGAUUAGAGUCGGUGGAAAUACACAGCCAAGUAAAGUUUUGAACAAAAAAAAUGUAGAAGCUAUUGGACUUCUUGGAGGACAAAAAAGCAAAGCAGAUUAUGAGCUAUACAACAAAACAUCUAAUUCUGAUAAGGCUGCCAGUACAUCAUUUGCUGAAAAUAGAAAUUCUGAAACUAAUAAUACUAAUGGGACCCAUGAAUCUGAUAGAAACAAGGAAUCCAGUGACCAAACAGGUGUUAACAUUAGUGGAUUUGAAAACAAAAUUUCGUAUGUAGUGCAAAGCUUAAAGGAGUAUGAGGGGAAGUGGUUGCUUUUUGAUGAUUCUGAAGUGAAAGUUACUGAAGAGAAAGACUUUUUGAAUUCUCUUUCCCCAUCUACGUCUCCUACGUCUACUCCUUACUUGCUAUUUUAUAAGAAAUUAUAGAGUGAGUGUACUCUCCUUGUAUAUAUAAUAAACCUGGACAAACAUUGGUAAUACUGAUUACAUCAAAGAUCUAGCUAUCUUGAAGCUAUUGGAUAUUAUUGGUCUCUCUAGGCUUUUACAUAAAUAGCAAAAUUUGAAAUGCUAAAAACCAUGUUUAUUUUUAGAACUCAUUUUCCUUAGUAGAGACUAGUGAUGCAUUAGCUUCUGGGAACAAACUUGUAUAGGUUCUUAAUCGAAUUAUCCAAACUGGAAGCAUUUAAAUACUUUUGGAUUUUACACCGAUUUUUUUUUUGUUUGCUUUUUAAAAUAAAGUGCUUGUAUUUGUAUUCUCCGUAUUUUGGAGUAAUUAUCUACAUGAUGUUUAUAGGUCUGUGGUUUUUCACUCAAAAAAUACAAUCUCAUUCAGUACAUCUGGUUUUAUAAGUUAAAGCCAAAUCUUUGAUGGGCUGUAUCAGAGGCACAAAGUCUAGAAUGUGUAUAUUCACAGUGGUGUACAUUUUGUGCCUUGAAUUACUUUGGAAAGUGUCUCGGAAAACCUGGACAGUCCCCUCUAUCUUCAUAAGAAUUUUAUAUGUAUUUAUGAAGAUGAUUCUGUAUUGUAGUAAAUCUUUUUGCGCAUGGACUAAUUUGUAUCUCUUCAUACUCAUUCUGCACGAUCUGUAUAUAGUACAUCAAAUUUAGAGGUGUGACCUUAAAUUUACCUUUUUUUUUUAAAACUGGGAGGUCAAUAAAAUUUAAACUGCUUAACAACUAUGUA